CCGUACAGCCGCGGCCGCCUUCCGGGUCGGGACGAACCGAGCGGAGCCGAACGGGACCGAGCCGGACCGAGCCAUGGGGCAGAUCGAGUGGGCCAUGUGGGCUAACGAGCAGGCUCUGGCGGCCGGGCUCAUCAUGCUGACAGGUGGGAUCGUGGCCGUGGCAGGGCAGUUCAAGGGCUGGUACUUUGCAGCCUAUGCCAUCGGGGCAGGCGUCCUGGUCUGCCUGCUUGAGUACCCCAGGAGCAAGAGGCAGAAGGGCUCCACCAUGGAGAGGUGUGGCCAGAAGUACUUGACAGCAGUGGUGAAGGUGUUUGGGCCCCUCACAAGGAAUUACUACAUCCGAGCCGUCCUGCACGCCGCCCUGGCUGUUCCUGCUGGUUUCCUCCUCUCCACCAUCCUGGGCACCGUCUGCCUGGCCAUCGCAAGUGGCAUCUACCUGCUGGCGGCAGUGCGUGGGGAAGAGUGGAGACCCAUCGAGCAGAAGCCUCGGGAGCCACUGCACAAGGUGGAGACCAUCAAGCAGCCACCCAGCAACCCCCCGCCCCGGCCCCCCGCCGAUGCCCGCAAGAAGCAGCCAGCGGAGGUGGGGGGGCAGGUGAACCCCAUCCCUGUAGAGGCUGAAUAAUGGGGCUGGGGGGACACCCCCUGCUGCUGUGCCGCUCGUGCUGCUGCUUCCCAGCUGCACCCUGGCCCCUCAACCAGGAAAAAUCAGGGUGCCUGGCUCCUGGGGAUCCUCAAAUCCCUGGGCUCCCCUGCUCCUGGGGAUACCCAAAUCCUCAGGGAUUCUCAGCUUCUCAGGAGGCUUUCCAGCUCCUGUGGGCUCCCAAACUCUUGGGGAUCCCCAAGUCCCCAGGGAUACUCAGCUCCCUGGGGGAUCUCCAGCUCCCAAAGGCUCCCCAGCUCCUGGGCAUCCCCAAAUCCUGAGGGUGCUCAGCUCCAUGAGGAGCCUCAGUUCCUGGGGAUGCCCAGAUGCCUGGAGAUGCUCGGCUGCCCAAGGUUUCCCCAAGGAUGUUCAGCUCCCUGUAGAAGCCCCAGGUCUCCAAGCAGCCCCCAUUUCCCCAGGGGACCCCCAAAUCCUUGUGGAACCCCAGCUCUGUGGGGGGAUCCCCAGCUCCCUGAGGGGCCCCCAGGCCCUGCAGCCCCAGGGGAUGGAGGGACUCGGGCUCCUGUGCUCCUCCUGCUGGCUCUCGCUGGGAUUUUGUCACUUCUGCCAUUGCUGUUGCAAUAAAAGCUGGGCAAGGCUCUGGCUCCC